UGUCGUCGUAGCUGGAACCCACUAAGAGCAAACGGGAGCGACCGAGGAAGUACGGCACAUCAAAGCAGGCUCUUACCGCUACUUACCAACGUUCCCUUCUUCCUCAUCUUUCACGUCCAAGAAAUCCCAUUCCUUCACUCUAGGAUGGAAAGCAAUGAAGACCAAUCACUUGCUGAAUUGGAAUCAAAAAAUUUUAAAAAAUUCAGAGCUUUCAUGAUAGGGAUUGCAAAGAUUGAUGAGUUGGGAAUUGCUGGAAGCAGGCUGCUGUCUGGAUUUCAACAAGCGAGUGAGUUUAUCAGGAGACCUCCUAUUGAUAUGAAUUCCAAAUUAGUGGACAAGAUAAUUGUAGCUAAUGAAACUAAGAGAGUUAAAGCCUAUAUAAAUUCUGGAUGUAGGAAGCUCAACGAAAGCAUCCAGAGUCUAACAAACUUUCACUCGUGCACACAAGGACUCUGUAAUCAUAUAAGAAAAGCUAAGGAAAUACUUAAUGAACUUGAAGGUCUACUGGGGGAUGUAACAAGUGCUAUUCAGACUACAGAUGGAAAAUUAUUAGCCUUCUCUGGUCUGGAUUUUGAUGUUGAAUUAAUUGAGCAAGUAACCUAUAAUGAUUUGGCCAUGGUAAUGGCUUUUAUAUAUAGCAUGGUCAAGCAAGACUAUUUAAUGCAGGAAAAGAUUGUGUCUGCUUUAGAUCUCAAGAUGUCAUUAGAAGAAUUAGAAAGCUACUGCCAAAUGUGGUCUUUGCGCCCCUUCAUAAAUGACGAGAUCGUGCAUGGAGCUUGGGAACAUAUUCAUUGAACAUUCUUUUGUUUUUCAUUAUAAUACAAAAAUUAGUUAUCGUUGGGCUGGAUAAAAUUAUAUAAUGCUAUACAAAUAUCAUUACUUUUCUAGAUUUUCACUUUAUAUUGACAUUGGUUUCCCAACCCUUUUUGAAAAAGUAACACAUUUGUUGUUAACCGAACCUUCACCCUCAGCUCUAUGAAAAUUUCAGCUCUCGCAAUU